GUAUGAAGCAAAUCUACAUACCUAAAAGGCAUAUUAUUAUUCUGCUGGGAUGCUUCGGAAUGUUGAAUGUGUAUGCCAUGAGAAUCAACCUAAGCGUUGCAAUAGUGGCCAUGACAAAUCAUACAUCUAUUAACCCUCUGAACAGCUCUAUCAGUCAAGUUUCGGAAUGUUCAAACCUCCUACAAAAUCAAACAACACACGAAGUCAUGAAUUAUAAAGGAGUAACAGCACCUUCAAUACAGAUCGCCAUAAGCAAAUGGUCGCCAAAGAUGGAGAGAAGCAGGGUGUCGACAAUCAUCUUCUCAGGUGUUAUGGCGGGAAAUGUACUGGCAUUGACCUUAUCCGGAUUGUUAUGUAGUUCAGAUAUGUUUGGAGGAUGGCCUUCCGUUUUUUACCUCUUUG